AUGCUGCUGCGCUGGAGACCGGGGCUGGGGCUGCCGCUGCCGCCGCCGCUGCUGCUGCUCCUGGGGCCGCUCGGCCCUUUCUCCCCGGGCGCCCUGGCGGGACCCGCGCGGGCCGAGGACGCCGUGGAGCUGGACUUGGCCACCGAGCGGCCGGUGCAGCGGGUGAGUCCCGCCUUCCUGUCCUUCACCAUCGACGCCAACCUGGCCACGGACCCGCGGUUCCUCGCCUUCCUGGGUUCUCCGAAGCUCCGCACUUUGGCAAGAGGUUUGUCUCCGGCAUACCUACGAUUUGGUGGCACCAAGACGGACUUUCUCAUUUUCGAUCCCCAAAAAGAACCAACCUUUGAAGAGAGGAGUUACUGGCAGUCUCAAGUCAACCACGAUCCUUGCGAGUCUGGAUCCAUCCCGUCUGAUGUAGAGACGAGGCUGCAGACGGCGUGGCCCCUCCAGGAACAAUUGCUGCUCAGAGAACAGUUUCAGGAGAAGUUCAAGAACAGCACUUACUCAAAAAGCUCCGUGGACAUGCUGUAUUCUUUUGCAAACUGCUCAGGACUGGACUUGAUCUUUGGGCUAAACGCUUUACUACGAACAGCGGAUUUGCAGUGGAACAGUUCCAAUGCUCAGUUGCUCCUGGACUAUUGCUCUUCCAAGAAUUAUAACAUUUCUUGGGAACUAGGCAAUGAACCUAACAGUUUCCGCAAGAAGGCUGGUAUUUUCAUCGAUGGAUUGCAGUUAGGAGAAGAUUUUGUCAAGUUGCAUAAACUUCUAGAAAAAACCACUUUCAAAACUUCAAAUCUCUAUGGUCCUGAUGUUGGCCAGCCCCGCGGAAAGACUGUCGAGAUACUGAGGAGUUUCCUGAAGGCUGGGGGCGAAGUGAUUGAUUCGGUCACAUGGCACCACUACUACUUGAAUGGACGAAUUGCUACCAAAGAAGAUUUCCUAAACCCUGAUGUGCUGGACACUUUUACUUCAUCUGUGCAAAAAGUUUUCCAGGUUGUUGAGGAGACCCGACCCCACAAGAAGGUUUGGUUAGGAGAAACGAGCUCUGCGUACGGCGGGGGAGCGCCCUUGCUGUCCAACACCUUUGUGGCCGGCUUCAUGUGGCUGGAUAAGCUGGGCCUGUCGGCCAGGAUGGGCAUAGAGGUGGUAAUGAGGCAAGUGCUCUUCGGGGCCGGAAACUACCACUUAGUGGCGGAAAACUUCGAACCUCUCCCUGAUUAUUGGCUAUCUCUUCUGUUCAAGAAAUUGGUGGGCACCAACGUGUUUAUGGCAAGUGUGAAAGGUCCAGACAGAAGUAAACUUCGAGUAUACCUUCAUUGCACUAAUGUCAACCACCCGAGGUAUAAAGAAGGAGAUCUCACUCUGUACGCCUUAAACCUCCACAACGUCACCAAACGCUUACAGCUGCCCCGUCAUCUCUUCGACAGACCAGUGGACAAAUACCUCAUGAGACCUUUAGGCCCUGAUGGAUUGCUUUCCAAAUCCGUCCAGCUCAACGGCCGAACUCUGAGGAUGGUGGAUGGUCACACCCUCCCGGCUCUGACAGAAAAAGCUCUCCGUCCAGGAAGUUCACUGGGCUUGCCAGCUUUCUCUUAUGGAUUUUUUGUGAUAAGAAAUGCCAAAGUUACCGCUUGCCUCUGAAAAUGAAAGGCAUACACUAGCCCCAAGACAGAACUUUUCGAGUGUAUUUAUCGGUGAGAGGAAAGCAGAACCCAAGCUACAGGAAGGCAAGGAGGUGCCUGACAAAGGCUGGUGGGAGCUCCACGGACCC